ACCUGAGAUAAAUUGGUGGGAGUGUUCAAAGUAAUGCGCACUUCAUCGACAGCCAGAAGUUUGAGUCAUCGUGCGUGUUUCACAGCUUCACAGAAUUAAGUUUCCCGUUUAUGUCCUCAAGUCCAAGUGAGUAGUCUAUGUUGUGUUCAGAUUUAGCUUCAAAAUCUUAACUACCCAUAACUUCAUUCAUUAUAACAUAAAGAAUCUGUUCCUCUUCCCCACACAGUAUUUUUUUAAUGUGUAGAAAUCAAAGACAGUAUUAAAGUACACGUGUAAGUUGAAUAAAUCUGAAGGUUAAGAUUUUGAGUUGAAAUUCACUUAGGUGGUUUGCUCUGGAUAGUCCAUUGAUACCAUAUUUUCACACGAGUGUCAUUCCAUGAUACAUACCCCAUUGUACAACUACACCAAGGUUAUUCCACUCAGUGUGACAUUAUAUUCUUGCCUUUAGUUUUCACACCUUAGGUCUCUAUAGCUUUUACUCCACUUUUUCUCAACAUAUAAACCCUCACACAUCCCACACCAUCUUAUUAAUUUAGAAGGGUAGUUCAAGUUUUUUUUUCUUUCUAAAACUUCUUUACCAUGCCUUCUACUACUCUUCAAUGGCUAAGCCUAGUUGGCAUCAUUUGGCUCCAAGCCAUAAUUGGCACAAACACCAAUUUCCCUGCUUACUCUUCUCAGCUGAAGCAACUUCUAUCUAUUUCCCAAGUUCAACUCAAUAACCUUGCUUUUGCAUCUGAUGCAGGCAAGCUUUUUGGCUGGUUUUCUGGCCUUGCUUCUAUAUACCUCCCCCUUUGGUUGGUCCUUUUUAUUGGUUCAACUCUUGGAUUAGUAGGUUAUGGUGUGCAAUAUCUCUUCAUAACCAACCAAAUUUGUUCUUUGUCCUAUUGGCAUGUGUUCUUGCUAACUUUUCUUGCCGGCAAUAGCAUUUGUUGGAUCAACACAGUGUGCUAUGUUGUCACCAUAAGGAACUUCUUUUCUGAUCGCCUAGUUGCUGUGGGAAUAACAACUAGCUACCAAGGACUAAGUGCAAAGAUUUAUGCCAACAUUGUUGAUGCUGUUUCUCCUCACAAGAAGGCUAGAACGUUUCUCUUCCUCAACUCUCUCUUACCUGUGAUAGUUGGUUUAAUAGCAGCUCCUCUAGUCAGAGAAAUUGAUGAAGUAACAAGUCCUAAUAGGUACACACGUGUUGGUUUUGCUGUGAUGUUUGUUAUUACAAUUUCAACUGGAACAUAUGCUGUGUUGAGCAGCUUGCAAUUUGUCACAAGCAAAGCAUCCUCACUAGGUAUCUUGAUUGGUAUUCUACUGUCCUUUCUAUUGCCUCUGCUUGUCCCUCUCUCAAUGAAGAUCAAGAAGUUUCAGGAAAAUAGAGAAAAAUUGAGAAUCUACCACUAUACUAUGGAGGAGAAUGCUACUAGUGAAGAGAGGGUGGAGAGCGAGGUGAAAGAGGGUGAAGUAGUUCAAGAAGAGUUUGGUAUUAUAGAAGAAGUUGGAGUGAAGUUAAUGCUGAGAAGAAUAAAUUUCUGGUUAUAUUUCUCUGUCUAUUUUUUUGGUGCAACAGUUGGUUUAGUAUAUCUUAAUAACUUGGGACAAAUAGCUGAAUCCAGAGGUUGCUCUAAUACUUCAUCUUUGGUGUCUUUGGCAUCGUCAUUUGGGUUCUUUGGCCGUCUCAUGCCAUCUCUUAUGCACUACUUCUACAGGGGAAAAUGUAGAAUUUCAAGACCUGCUUCUCUGAUGGCAGCGAUGAUUCCAACAACAGGUGCAUUUCUGUUACUCCUCAACAAAUCUGACAUUGCUCUUUACAUCAGCACUGCAGUGAUUGGAGUGUGUACUGGAGCAAUCACUUCUAUUGCUGUUUCCACAACCACUGAGUUAUUUGGUACUAAGAAUUUCUCAGUGAACCAUAAUGUGGUGGUAGCCAACAUUCCAAUUGGCUCCUUUAUAUUUGGCUACUCUGCUGCACUUAUUUACCAUAAGGAAGGGAAUGAACAUGGGAAAUGCAUGGGCAUGGAAUGCUACAGAAACACUUUCAUCAUGUGGGGUUUCUUUUGUUUCCUUGGAACUCUUUUGGCCUUGAUUCUACAUGCUAGGACUCGCAAGUUUUUCUCACUAAAACAAUAGCGUACACAUUUUACUUUAAUUUAGCAGGAGUAUUAUUUCUUUUUUACUGUACACUGGGGAGAUUGUGGCUUGUAAAACCUCCUCUAACUAGAUAAAUAUAAAUAUACAUCCAUUUUGUUUUUUUA